GAGACCGUCCUUGUUCCCCAGCCCUCCGAAAACGAUGCCAAUGAUCCUCUGCUCUGGCCGGUCUGGCAGAAAGAAGCGGCUUUCUGGACCAUUUUCCUCAACGCCAUCAUAUUUGCAAUUAUGCCAGGCCCGAUGAUGGCACCCGCCACCUAUGCCUUGGCCUCGACUCUGGAUGUCACUCUCACAAAUGUUGCCAGGCUGGGUGGCUACCAGCUCCUCGUGGUAGCCGCUCUAGGGCCCGUCGUCUCAGUUCUCGCCCAAAAAUACGGCAAAAGACCUCAAUUUCUAUUUGCAUCAACAGUCGGGACACUUGGAACCAUCAUCUGCAUAGUGGGAUCUCAGCAGUCCCGCUACAAUACUCUGCUUGCAGGUCGGAUAAUUCAGGGACUCGGAGUCACAGCUUGGGAAAGCCUUUCACUUGCUGCCGUGGGCGACAUGUUCUAUCUCUACGAACGAGGUUGGCGGACUGCCGUGAUAGUCUGCUCACUGGCUUGCAUGGCAUCGAUGGUGUCCAUUAUCGGCGGCGUCAUGACGCAGAAUGAGGGCUACCGGAAUCUCUUUGUCGCUGCGCUGCCCUUCAAUGCUGCGGGCCUGCUGGCAACCAUCCUGCUUGUGCCUGAAACGCAGUUCAUCCGGGUAACAAGCUCGCGAGCAGUCGAGCCCAACUCGCAAAGCUAUGGUGACAAUAACAAAAAAGGUACCGCGGAGCACGUCAGCGAUGUACGUGCAACCGAAGGGACGCAAGCUCCGCGAAAGACGUAUGUCCAGAGGCUGUCACUCUGGUCUGGGGUCAACUAUACGCAAAAGGGCGUUCUUCACCUGCUCGCUGAGAUUUUCAUCCACCUCGCCAACCCGGCCGUAAUCUGGAUCCUCAUGGUUAGCGCAGUUUUGGUCUCUCUGUUUGUCGUCUCGGCCUACAUUUUGGCACAGGUCUGGUCAGUUCCACCAUACAAUCUUGAUAUCGCGCAGAACGGCUAUUUCUGGACGGGUCCGCUCCUUGGCGGACUAUUGGCGGUUCUCAUCGGCCCUCUUUGCGACUGGUCUGCCAGAUGGCUAGCGAGACUGAAUAGAGGCAUCUUCGAGGCUGAAUUCCGCAUUCCAGUCAAUGUUCUUGGGGCCUUGUUCUGCUCUCUGGGGUGGUUUCUAUUCAUGUGGGUUGUUGACAAUCCGCAGCCACACGGCUACUACCUGGGAUCCUUUUGUUAUGGAUGUAUUUGCUUUGGGAUUUCCGUCCCGUCGACAUCAGCUGGAUUGUACAUUCUUGAUUCAUUCCCAGGACAAGCGACAGAAGUUUUCGUGCUGCAAAUGAUGCUCAAAAACUUUCUCUUCUACGGAUUUUCCAACUUCAUCAACACCUGGGCGACCGAGGCGGGCGCAGGGGAAGUCUUCCGAGUGUUUGGCAUCGUUUCCAUUUCGCUACUUGCGCUUUGCAUUCCGAUGUGUAAGUUUGUCGCGCCCCUUUUGACUUCACCAUUACCAAUUCUCAACGUUUUCUAA